GACCAUGCAUGUACGCCUCGUAUCGCUGAGAAAUCGACAAGGAUUAGACAGCGGAAGCUGGUAAACUGCCAGGUACUUGCAGCCCCUUGGAAUCUCAAUUUCACAAAUGGAACAUGGGGUGAACAGGGAUGCCCAUGGAGGUCUGCCUCUAGUCAUAUGUCAAUCUAUUUGUGGGACGCGGUUUUGGCUCCACACGAACAAAACCCUUUCCUAUGUAAUUGUAGCGAAAGGCUACCUGGUUUGUUCUGUUUGAUUGAUCUCUUGCUCUUGCGGUCGAUUCCAAGCUCGUCACGAGUAUUCCAUGUUACAACAUCUCGUCAGUCAGCCGACCUGACCACUUCGGCAAAUAAGUACUGGUUAUGA